AUGGGACUGCCGGUUGAAGGACAAGCAGUCAUUGGCCAUGGGGAGGGAAAUUGGCCAGCAUUACAUUUUAGCGCGCUUGAGGAUGAUGCAGAUGAUGUGACGGUUGACAGACAUGCCCGAGCUUACAAUUUUUGGGGAAGUGCUACCCUAGCGUAUCUGUAUCGUAACUUAUGUCGAGCAUCUCGUAAGGGUGCCAAGGACAUGGGUGGAUGCUUGAUGUUGUUACAGAUAUGGUCAUGGGAGCACAUUCAUAUAGGGAGGCCCAUUAUUCGGACGGUUCGACCGGAUGGGCAACAUGAUCAGGAAGAUGACGCGGAUGAUUUUGAACCGAUAUUAGGGUCACAGCAUCGGCGCGGGAUGGAUCCUUUGGCAGUAAGCUGGCUUCGCGUAUAUCUUUCGAGAUCCCACUCCCCACAUACUCUCGUCUACUACAGGGACACACUAGAUCGACAACGGGACGAGCAGGAUAAGUAA